AUGGGAGAAGUAGAACAACAGCUGCUACUGCAGGAGCAGUGUCGGAAGCGGGACGACGAAUACCACUAUCUCCAUCUUCCUACGCCUGAUUACAACGAGGCUACCAGUACUUCUUCUACUUCUAUCUCAAUAUCCUUCUCAAAUCCUCCUUCCUCCUCUUCCUCCACUCCAACCAAGAACGACACCAACUCAACUGCUACGACUGCUACCAAUACUCUCGCACUUGAUUUGAGCAGGUCUCCACCUCGCCUUCUACAUCAUCCUUCAUCUCGUUCCUCCAUCUUAAAGCAGCGCCUCCCUCUCUCGCCUUCUCAUCAAUCGUUAUAUUCUCAUCAUCGUACUCCCUCUGCUCCUUCUACCAUUGCGCACUACAACAGUAACAUCAUCAUCUCGUCCUCUCUGUCUACCUCUUCCACUGCUGGUAUAACAAGAACACCCACUCGCACUAGAAACAUGGCUACUGCAUCCACCUACCUCUCACUGCACGCUCCCACUCAUCCUCACGCCUUUCAAACCGUGUCCGCUCCUGGUACGCCUGAGAGGCAAAGUGGUCUUAGGCGAUCUGGUGCUUCCUCAACCAAUGUCCCUCGAAUGGCUUCGACAAGUACGACAAGUAGUAAUGCGACUGUCAGAGCUGGUGCAGAGAGUCGUGGGCCCGAGGAAGGCGGUAGUAUGAACGUUGGAGGCGGUUUUAAUAGUUUGCCAAAUUCACCUAGUCGUCCGCCCACGGUGAGACAUGCAAGUCGGUCUGAGAAGAUAUUACGAGCGACGUUGGCUCCAUCCUCACAACACCCUUACUCAUCAUCAUCAAACGUCGAUCCGAGAUUGCAGAGGACGGUCUCGGGUGGAAUCAUGCCGCUACGUAAUCAUCAUCAUCAUCAAACUCAAAACGGCCCCUCUUCACAACAGUCAACGUACUAUGCCUCACCUGUCGAUGUGAACGAUCCGUUUGUGGGUGGUGGUCACAGACGACGACAGAGUUAUGGUGCUCCUGCUACCACUCCACAGUCGCAUUCCUCCAAACGGCAGUUCCAGGAAUAUGGGCCAACCACCACUACGCGCCCGAUCGAUAUGGGAUCUAACCCUAAUUUGUUCACGAGCAUUGCGUACAGUGGGACUGAAGGAAACUCUCGUGCGGCGGCGGGUUUGUCGGUUUCCGUUUCGCCAAGCAAGAGUAUUUUGAAUGGAGAUGGCGGUUUGGGAGGGUUACUGCAGCAGACGUACACAGCUCCAAGUGGUAUCCCUCAGCUGCCGGCUGGCGGCUCCGCCAACUCGACGUCGGUGUCAACACCCAAGGCGCGCCAUUCGUACACAUACUCGCAGCCGACGACACAACCCCACUUGAAUUCCCCCUUCAAUGGCGUCACGAUGAGUGGAAUGAGGUCACCUUGUUCGAGACCCAGUUCUCCCAGUCCGUUGGGGUUGAGAAGUAGGAACGCUAGUCCUAGUCCUGUUCGAAGCCGUGCGGGUAUGACGAAUGCGAAUUUGAAGGUCCUCGUUCCUAAUGGGAACGCUCCAAGCAAUACGUCGGACCGUUCGAGAUCCCGUUCACAUUCGUACUCUCGUUCGAGUAGUCGACGUUCCUCGAGUUCUCAUGCCCAAUGGGAUAACGACAUGUGCCGUCGUGGCGUUGAUGAGGAGAGCGAUAGCGAGGGUGAGGAGGGACGAGAGAUUGUACCACCUCCUCAUUUCAACUUUGCGGCGGGGAGUAAAUUUUGCCUUGGGGGCGGGAAGAGUCCUAUUUCGCCCUUGUCGAGGAGAACGAGUUUACACAGUCAGGGUCAGGUGUUGACGAUGGGUACGAACGCGGUGGUGAAUGGCAAGUUGCUGACUCCGCCGCCUUCUCCACCUUCUUCGUCACCCGCGUCUUCGUCGAUCCCUAAUUAUCUAUCCCAACCGCAAGCACAAUCACAGGCGACGACAUUGUCGAGUUCUGGCUCCAACUCUGCUUCUUCUUCACGAUCACACUCUCACAAUCACUCCCCACAUUCCACGUCUUCCCCUUCAAGUCCAUCACCCACGUCGGCAGCAUUGUUCGACCCAAAGAUUGCGUCGGACGUGUUAAGGUCCAAGGAAGGCUACGUCAGUUUUGCGGAGGUGAUGGGGUUGAGAUUGGACGUCGAUGGGGUCGAGGGUGGAUGUGAUUGUUGCAGCGGUGGGGAUGGAAAGUGUAGGAGGGAAGGGGGAGAGGAGAGGAAGAGAUGGUGGAGUGGUGUUGGGGGAUUGAUUUGGAAGUCGAGUUGA